UGAGCACCUGCUUAAAAGAUGCGUCAGAAAAAAAAGGGGGUCAGAGUCAAACUGUCAGUGAGUACUUAGUGUAGCGAGUAUCCUAGUCGUGAAAACACCAUUGUGUUUUGGGAUAAGCCGGAGGGGGUGGCUCUCCGCGGCACACAGGCUGUUGGGCAUGUCCUGUAUGACCGCUUCAUCACUGCCACUUUGUUGAUUGAUGUCACCAUGAGCGCGCCGAACAAAUCAUCAGAGAAAAGAAAUGGUUCCAAAAAUAAGCUGGAUAAGCUAUUCAAGGAGAGAAAAGGCACCUUCCCACUGCUGGUCAAGACAUCUCGACCGGAGGCCUUCCCUAACCCUCACAGGCUCCCGGCAGAAGGCAGCCGCCUUGGAACAAACCGACCCUGUUCACAGAAGUUUGGCCCUGGUGUAGGGACCUUGCCUCAGCUUGAGCCACCAGUGGUCCAAGUUGUGGUCAGCAAUGCCAAAAACCAACACCAGCAGUCGGACAACAUCCUGCCCCAAAUUACUAACAAAGGGGGGCAAAACAACUAUCAGACACACCCGGAUGAGAGGCCGAAGCCCACCCAGCAGUUCACCACACGCUUUGGUGCUGCAAUGGAUAAAGUGUCAGUCUCCCGCAACAGCAAGAUUUUCAGCAACAAGAUGGAGAAAGAGAAGUCAUAUGAAGGACAAAGGUUACCUAUGUCUCCAAUAGAGGCAUUGAAAAAUUUCCAGGACCGACUGACGGAGUUUGAGCAAGAGGAAAUCAUGGACUACGCAGAGAUCUGGUUCAUGGGUCUGGGCUCUCAGAAGAUCGAGGGUUCCCAAGGUGCACCGCAGAACUCCGGAUAUGAUGACGAGCAUGGGAGCUACAUCAGGGUGCUGCAUGACCACAUUGCCUACAGGUAUGAAGUGCUUGAAGUGAUUGGAAAAGGCUCCUUUGGGCAGGUCCUGAAAUGUCUGGAUCACAAGAACAAUGAACUCGUAGCCAUCAAGAUGAUACGCAAUAAGAAAAGGUUUCACCACCAAGCUCUGGUUGAGCUGAAGAUCCUCGACGUAAUAAAGAGGAAAGACAAGGACAACCUCCACAAUGUCAUCCACAUGAAGGAGUACUUCUAUUUCCGCAAUCACCUUUGCAUCUCUUUUGAGCUUCUCGGAGUGAACUUGUACGAGCUCAUCAAGAAAAACAACUUCCAGGGUUUCAGUCUCGCUCUCAUCCGUCGGUUCACCCAUGCUCUUCUGAGGUGCCUGCAGAUGCUGCACAGAGAGAAGAUUAUCCACUGUGACCUCAAACCGGAGAACAUCCUUUUGUCUCAGAGAGGUCCAGGGAACAUCAAGGUGGUUGACUUUGGAUCAAGCUGUUAUGAACAGCAAAGGGUGUACACCUACAUCCAGAGUCGCUUCUACCGCUCUCCAGAGGUCAUCCUGGGUCACCCCUACAGCAUGGCCAUUGACAUGUGGAGUCUGGGUUGCAUCCUGGCUGAACUCUACACAGGCUAUCCUCUCUUCCCAGGAGAGAGUGAAGUGGAGCAAAUAGCUUGCAUUAUGGAGGUUCUUGGAAUGCCUCCAAAUGAUUUUGUUCAGUCCGCAUCAAGGAGGAGGUUGUUCUUUGAUUCAAAAGGAAACCCCAGGAACAUCACUAAUAGCAAGGGGAAGAAGAGAAGACCCAACUCCAAGGAGCUGUCAGCUGCACUGAAAACUAAUGACGCUUUGUUUUUAGACUUCAUCAAACGCUGCCUCACUUGGGAUCCAACCAAACGAAUGACUCCUGAUGAGGGAUUACAGCAUGAAUGGAUCCUGGAGGGAAAUUUCAACAAAGUUCGGCCAAGAACCAAGCCAGCGGUGAAGAAGGCCUCAGACAGCUCAACCAGCACAGAUAACAGCAGUGAGCUCAGUUUGCGCAAACAAGCUAACAGCAAGCCAACGGAGAGAGUUGGCUCAGAGAGCAGCACUACUGACAAGCUGAAGAGUGACAGUACAGUAACAGGAACAAAGAUGGCCUCCACCGAGCGUCUGCGGCCCAUCGGGGCCUCAGCAGAGGAGGAGUUGCGUGAAAAUGAGGGCAAGUUCUCCACGGAUACCAAGCAGCAAGAAGGAGGUGGAGAGAGGCCCGUUCACAUCAUCAUCAAGCCUCAAGAGGAAGUGGGCACAGAGAGGAAAGACAGCCAGGAACCGUCUCAGUGUCUGCCCCCUAUCAUCUAAUAAUCAACUGCGUUUAUAACAAGUGGGAAUUAGGGGCGUUCAGACUCAGCGUCCUGCUUCCCACCUGAGAGUUACUGAGUUUAUGAAGUGGAAGUAAAAGGACAGAUGGGAGAAAGUCGCAUUUGUUUUGACCUGCACACACAGAAAAUUAAAAGAUCCUUCAUACAUUCUACAAACACUGCCGUGUUGUGUCUGUGUCUAUAUGACAUCACAAACCCAUUUGAAAGGGAAGUUAGAGCCAGAGAAAAGUUUUGUGUUUCAUGGUGGAAAGCAACUCAAGGGUGUGUUACCUACUGAAAUAAACCAAUUCCCACAUGCUGUCAACAAAAUAUUGAUGUAUGGAGAAGACGCACUGAUCAUCAUCAUCAGCAAAGAGGGACAUCUUCUAUUUAUUGUUACAGUUAGCUUAGUAUGGCAUCUUUUAAAUGUGUUGCAAUAGAGACAUCAGGCUUUCUGUCAUGUGUUGAAUUCAGAUCAGCUGAACAGCGUUAACAUCUUGCUGUCAUGGAUUGUAAGUUGAACCCA